AUGUCGCAGUGGUCGGGUGGGCGUCGUGCGUUCGCUAUCGAAGCGUUUUUGAAAGGUCGAAAAUCGUACGUCGUGGCUCGAAGACAGUUUUGUUCUCACUACAAUAUCAGACGUUUACGCGAUGGACCAAGCGAAAAUUUGAUUCGUAAAUGGGUUAUCAAGUUUCGAGCUACCGGUUCCGCUAUAAAUCAACCGCGUCCGGGCCCAAGCAGAACUUCAAGUACGGAAGAAAUAAUAAACGAAGUUGCAGCUAGCAGCAUCCAGCCUACAGCUCUAGAACAGCAGUUUCAGCAGGAUGGAGCCACUUGCCACACUGCAAGAGCCACUAUGGACCAACUUCGUGAAUUGUUUCCUCAAAAAUUGAUAUCCUGCUUUGGUGAUACUGCGUGGCCUCCGCGAUCACCUCACCAGAUUUGA